AUGGCUGGAGAUCCUUCCUGUCCGAUUUCUGGCGCUAUCUAUGCCUCUUCGUCAUGGACGUACAAUCUUAUGUGCGGGACAGGUGGCUCCGUCAGGAGCCUUCACACUUAUGGCCACCUACGUGACCGGGACGUUUGGUUAUCGUGUUGUCCAUAUCGGAUUUUUGGUUGUGACUGCAUUCUUUCCCUGUCCAUGAGUUAUGUUAUACCACUCCAUCUACGCACGUCUGUAGCUUUAUGUUGUACCAUGGUUUUUUUUAUUAUGAUUAAGGCGACAUUCUUUGGACAGAACCGUGCUACGACAUCGACGGAGUAG